ACGAUGUUUUCGGACGGGUCAGAUUUCUUGACGUCUGCAAACAACAGUGGACUCCUGGCAGCCAUUGUAUGUCCAGAAGAGAACAGCCCAGCAUGGAGAAUUCUGAAAAAUUACAUCCGUGGAGACGCCGCUUCAUCCACAGCUGUGUUUGCAUGUGACAAGUCGCCUUUAAUGGAAACAGCCAUCCUGGUGUCCAGACAACCUUCAGGGUCUAGAGGGCACUUCCUUCAAGAGUUACAGGACAGCACAGAGCAGAUCUUUGUGGAGCAGGGCGUCCAGCCAGACGACAUCAUGAUUGUCGUAACAACUUCCGGCAGCACUGGCUACUGUAAACUUGUAGCAAAAACUCACAGAGAUCUCAUCGACCUAUGGCUGGACGCGUGUAAUUAUGCCACAAAACGCUCCCGCCAACAGUGGACCACUAAUGUCGUCUACAACGACAGACCAAUCGGCUGGAUGGGAGGCUUUCCUUUUGGCACCUUUGUCAAUGCCGAUACUCGAGUGUUGCUGGACGUGUUCGAUACCCAAGGAUCAAAGGUUGGGGCAGAUACCUGGAAAAUCAUCUGUGCGGAAAAAGUCGAUUACGCCAUCAUCGUGCCACUGGACCUCGACUACCUGAUGAAGCACACCAGCUUCGAGGGUGCGGACGAUUAUAAAAUGAAAAUGAUUUGCGCUAUCGGUCAGCCGAUUAGAAAGGACCAGUUUCACAGUCACUCUACUGUGGCCCGAGAAGUCAGUAUAAUGUAUGGAAGCACUGAAGCGGGGUUCAUCUCAUAUGACAUCCUUAAAGAGAACAAGGUGAAGGACUACUUCUGUGGACAGGUGGCGCCAGGAGUCAAGGUGAGGGUCGUGGACGCGGACAGCAAAGAGUGUCAGACAGGACAAGUAGGGACCAUACAUGUCAAAGACAGAUCGAGGUUCAGAGGAUACCUGAACCGUGUAGAGAACCCGGACCCCAAGACUCUGUUGGCCUUCACCAAGGAUGGCUGGCUGAACAUGGAUGACAGCGGUUACUUUGAUGAAGACGGAAACUUGUAUGUUCUGGGCAGGUUGAAGGACGUCAUCAUCUUCGGAGCCACGUUCGUGUACCCGGGUUGGCUGGAGCCCAAAAUUGCCCAGCACCCAGCGAUCAGCGAGGCCUGCAUCGUUCCUGUGAGUGUUGCUUCUGUCUCCUUACUACCGACGUCGUUCUUCCAUCUCCGUGUUGGUUUCGGGUCCCAUUGA